CCCCAGGGCUGAUUGACGUGCACGUGCACAUGCGGGAGCCGGGCGGCACCCACAAGGAGGACUUCGCCUCGGGCACAGCGGCCGCCCUGGCGGGGGGCGUCACCAUGGUGUGCGCCAUGCCCAACACCCGCCCUGCCGUUGUCGACGCCAGCUCCUUUGCCCUGGUGCAGAAGCUGGCGGAGGCAGGCGCGCGCUGUGACUUCGCCCUGUACCUGGGGGCUGCGUCGGACAACGCCGGAUCCCUGGGCCCCGUGGCUGGCGCAGCCGCCGGGCUCAAGAUGUACCUGAACGACACCUUCUCCGAGCUCAAGAUGGACAACGUCUCGCUGUGGAUGGAGCACUUCGAGCAGUGGCCGAGGCACCUGCCCAUCGUGGCACACGCGGAGAAGCAGACGGUGGCGGCCAUUCUCAUGGUGGCCCAGCUGUACCAGCGCCCCGUGCACAUCUGCCACGUGGCACGCAAGGAGGAG